AUGAAGGUAUUGCUUGAAUCACAAGAAUUGUGGACGGUUGUCGAUGAAGGAUAUCAAGAACUGGGACCGAAUCCGUCUGAAGAAAGAACCGCUGCAUACCGAGAAUCAAUUAAAAAGGAUAAACGGGCACUGCACAUUAUAUUUCAGUCUGUAAUCGAUACAGUAUUCGGAAGAAUUUCGCAGGCAAGUUCAGCGAAGGAAGCAUGGAGUAUUCUUCAUAAAUCAUACAAGGGUGAAACCCGGGUAAAAACUGUAAGACUCCAAUCUCUCCGAUGUGAAUUUGAUUAUUUAAAUAUCAAAGAUGGUGAAUCUGUUGAGGAAUACUUCAACAGAAUGAUCCAUAUAGUGAAUCAAUUGCGAAUGAAUGAAGAAAAAAUAGAUGAACAGAGGAUUGUAGAGAAAAUCUUACGUAGUCUGACUAGGAAUUAUGAAUCGGUUGUUAUAACGAUAGAAGAAACAAAAAAUUUGGGAGAAGUAUCCACCGAAGAAUUAAUGGGGAUACUUCAGUCACACGAAUUAAGAUUAAAAAGAUAUGAAGAUAAUCCGGUAGAACAUGCAUUUCAAGUAACGAAUGCAAGUCAAGACCGAUAUAGGCAGACGUCUAAGACUGACUCUGCAGGAAGGGGACGAAACAAAAACAGGGGCAAGAAUUUCAAUAUGAGUUCGAUAAGAUGCUUUAAUUGUCAUAAACUUGGGCAUACAGCCAAGUUUUGUCAACAGAAGGAUGAACGUGAGAGAACGGAUAACGUAUUAAUUCAUAAAGAAGACGAAGCCGAUGAACAAGAUGACACUAUGUUCAUGAUAUUCAAUAUGGAGGAUACAGUCAAAAGUGAUUGUUGGUAUCUUGACAGUGGCUGCAGUAACCACAUGAGUGGUAACCGAGAAUUCUUCUCUCACCUUGAUGAAUCAUUAAAAAAGGAGGUGAGAACAGGAGAUGAUAAACGGUUGGAAGUAUUAGGCAGCGGAGAUGUCUCUAUUACUGUUAGAGGGAGAGAAAGGAAGAUACCAGAUGUAUUUUAUGUAAAGGGUUUGAAACAUAACCUGUUAAGCGUAGGUCAACUCAUAAGGAAAGGGUAUGAAGUUACAUUCAAAGAAGAUAAAUGCAUUAUCAAAGAUUCAUAA